CAUCAACCCCACACCUGUCGCUGGCUCCCACUGCACCUUCACAUAUACAACCGCACCGAUGAACCGCCUCUUUGGAUCCAAGAACACGGCGCCGAAGCCGACGCUCACGGGAGCGAUCAGCAACCUCGACACGCGCAUCGAAUCGGUCGACGUGCAACUCGCGAAAGUCAAUGCGGAGCUCAUGACGUUCCAGCAGCGAAUCAGCAAGAUGCGCGACGGGCCGGGCAAGCAAGCGAUGCGGCAGAAAGCGAUGAAGGUCCUCCAGCGGCGGAAAAUGUACGAGACGCAGAAGGACCAGCUGGAGCAGCAGAGCUGGAACAUGCAGCAGGCGGGAAUGAUGCAGGAUAAUCUCAAGAACGUUAUGGUCACUGUCGAUGCGAUGAAGACGACGAAUAAGGAGUUGAAGAAGCAGUAUGGCAAGGUCAAUAUCGACAAGAUUGAACAGAUGCAGGAUGAAAUGGCCGACUUGAUGGAUAUCGGAAACGAUAUUCAAGAGUCGAUAUCGAGAUCCUACGACAUUCCUGACGAGGUCGACGAGGCGGAGCUCGAUGCUGAACUCGAGGCUCUCGGCGAAGAGGUUGAACUCGGCGGUGGAUGGGAAGCCGAGAGCUCUACCUCGCUCCCAGGCUUCCUAGAAGACGCUGACGCGGUCCCAAGCUUCCUCGAUGAGCCUCCCUCCAAGAUCAAGGAGGCCGUCUAGCUUGCUUCCUAAUACACAUAUGACUGGUUUCCAUGGGUGUUAUCGUAUCAGCGUUUGUUUGUCUUUAGGGAGUUCAUUCUUUAGGUGUCAUUGUAUUCUAUACUCUAUAACGUGAAAGCACGACUGUGCUCUACACACUCUAUCAUGCGU